GCCACUUAUGUAUUUAUUUUUAUUGCUGUAGGAUGCCUUUUGCUGACUUUGCUAACCUUGCUAUUCAUGAAUAUUCAUAAGCAGGCUCCAGAUGAUCAUUAAUAUUCAUUAUUUGAAAUUCAAAAAUAUGGCUGGACUAAAGGGAGAAGAGCAGCAAAACAUUCUGUUUCAAAGUGGUGAGUUUUAAACAUUUUACUUAAUCAUAGGACGCAUAGAACAUUUUUCUUUUCUUUUCUUUUCUUUUCUUUUUUUUUUUUUUUUUAAAUACAUACAUACACACCCUGUUAUGCACUACACCUCUUUUUCCUCCGCUUAAGUUCAGAUGUCAUAAAAAAAAAAUAAAUAAAUUGCAUCAACAGUACAGACUCAGCGGAUGUGUCGUAUUUAUGGACCUUUUGGUCUUCCACAUGUUCUAGGCAGAUGUGUGUGAGUAGUGUAGUGUGGACGGUAAACUCUCUCUCGGUAACUGAAGCGCACCUGCGCACUGAAGUCUCUCUCAUUCCGUCUCCCGCUGACUGAGAGAGCUGUUCAGUUCAGAACCAUGAACCAGACCGCCGGAGUCUCGAACCAGUGCCGCAGACGCCCCUCAGCCGACAUCAAGGAUUUGGGAGAUGGAAGUUUUGAGAGGAACUGGAAAGGGAUCGGCAUCUCUCUGCUGGUGAUUCUGGUGGUGCUGUCUCUGAUUAGUCUCGCCAUCUUCUUUCUUUCUAAAGAUGAUGGAACUAAAGCUCUGAAAUCUCAUCUGACCUUGGACGACCUUUUCCUCAGAGACUUUCAGGUUCAAGCCCCCGAGGUGCAGUGGAUCAGUGCGGUGGAGAUAAUCUAUAGGAGCAGAGAUGGAAACGUAAUGAAAGCAAAUAUCCAGACCAAGCAGACUGAGCUUCUGAUGAAAAACAGUACAUUUGUAACAUUUAAAGCUUCCAAAUUUUCGGUCUCACCAGAUCUCAACUAUGUUCUCCUAACAUAUGAUAUCAAAAAGGUGUAUCAAUACUCCUUUCUGGCGUCUUACCUGAUCUACAAUUUGCAUACAAGAGAAGUGCAUGAGUUGAACCCGCCUGAGGUAUCAGAUUCGGUGCUGCAGUUCGCCUCAUGGGGAGUUCAGGGGCAACAGCUGAUUUAUAUCUUUGAAAAUAACAUUUACUACAAGCUGGAUGUAAAGAGCAGUUCUCUCAGAUUGACAUCAUCAGGACAAGAGGGAUUAGUGUUCAAUGGGAUUCCUGACUGGCUGUACGAGGAGGGGGUGCUGCACUCACCAGUAGCUCACUGGUGGUCUCCAGCUGGAUCCAGCCUUGCAUUCCUCACCAUCAACAACACUCUUGUACCAAACAUGCUGCUGCCGCACUUUACUGGGGCGCUCUACCCACGUGGAACACACUACCCCUACCCAAAGGUUGGCCAAGUAAACCCCACAGUGAAGCUGAAUGUGGUUACCUUGAAUGGCUCAUCUCCCACCAUCGAGCUUCUGCCUCCUAGUAGCCUAGAAAAAAGUGAGUACUACAUAAGCAUGGUGCGGUGGGUGACCGAGGAACAUGUGACUGUGCGCUGGCUCAACAGAGCUCAAAACACUUCCAUCCUCACGCUCUGUUCCACACACACCAGAGAUUGUGAACGGAAGCAUGUAAUGACAACAGAUAAGUGGAUCGACUGCCAGCUGCAGAAUGAGGAGCCUGUGUUCUCUAAAGAUGGAGCAAAGUUCUUUAUUACUUUACCCAUUAAGCAUGGCAGCCAGGGGUCUUUCCGCCACCUCACCUUGAUGUCAGAACAGCAUACUGAUGGAGAGGUCAAUGUACAACACCUGACAUCUGGCAACUGGGAGGUCACUAAGAUGCUAGCAUAUGAUGAGAACCUGAAUGCUGUGUAUUAUAUCAGCACAGAGGGCGGAGUCUCACAAAGACACCUGUACAGGGUGAAGACAGUGGAUCUGUUUCAUCGCGAGUGUUUGACAUGUUCCUUGUCCAAACCUCACUGCUCAUAUUAUGAUGCUAUCCUGAGUCCGGAUUUACAAACAGUACUGCUACACUGUGCAGGGCCUGGAAUUCCCAAAACUACUGUGCACCAGCUUGCCAAUAUAAGUAGUUAUUUGACUGUAGAUUCUGGUCUGGAGUUCAGAGACUUGCUCAAACAGAAAAACAUCCCCCGCAGAGAAAUCAGAAUCAUACCCUCCAAUAACCAUGCACUGCGACUGGAGCUCAGCUUCCCUGUGGAUUUUGAUGAGAGUAAUCAGCAUCCUCUGCUCUUCAUACUUGACAGCGUUCCUGGUGGUCAGCAGGUGAGUGAACAAUUCCAUCUGGACUGGGACUCUGUACUGGUGAGCUCAGACAAUGUGAUUGUGGCUCGUCUGGAUGGCAGAGGCAGUGGCUUCCAGGGACAAAAGAUUCUACAGGAGGUGCACAAACGUCUAGGAGUGGUGGAGAUCCAGGACCAACUCACUGCUGUAGAGUAUCUCGUGAAGCAGUCGUACAUUGAUGGGAGCAGGGUUGGUGUUUUUGGCAAGGCAUAUGGCGGCUUCCUAAGUUCCCUUCUCCUCCUGUCUCACAUCUCUCCAUUCCGCUGUGGUGUUGCCAUGGCACCCGUCUCUGACUGGAGACUCUAUGCUUCAGCAUUUACAGAGCGAUAUUUUGGGUUCCCAGCCAAGGAUGAACACAAGUAUCAGAUCUCUAGCCUGCUGUCUAACAUCAGCAUCUCUGAGAAGCAGACGUUUCUGAUCUUACAUGGCACAGCUGAUGCUUCUGUUCACUUCCAACACACAGCAGAGCUGGUGAAGUUGUUAUCUAUACAUAAUGUGAACUAUACUUUACAGAUUUUUCCUGACGAGGGCCAUGACAUCAGUAGCAAACACUACAUGCUGAGUACUAUCAUCUCCUUCUUCAGGAAGUGCUUCCAUGAAAACACUGUGGUCACCAUGGAAACCAGGGAGGAGGACUAGCAUCUGUGGCUUAAGUGAUCUCAGCUGGACUCGGGUGGGAUUUAAGGACAAGAUGGUUGCCAUAACAAGCAUCCUUGACAUGGGUGACUUUAUUCUAAUCACACUGGUCCCUCUCCUACCUGCCAGAGGCACAGAAGGCUUUUUUAUCUGGUGUAGCAGUGGAGCAACCACACUGAGUCACACACUGGCCAGAUUUACAAUGACUGUGUGAGAUUCUGGAAGAUCAGUUGUGGUGUGUCAGUAGAGACUGCACUGGUAUGAAUGACUAAGUUGACAAUACCUAUAGAUACUCUGAAGCUUACAAAUCAACCAAAUACUGUUUUAGUGAAGCUCUUCUUCCUCUUCAUUUCAUGAAAGCGAAACAUACUACACAAUAAAGCUAGACCAAUGAUAGAUUUUUUUUUUAUUUAAUAAUCCUGCAUACAAGAAUGAAGGAUGUUUGGAUAAAACAUACUUAAAUCCUGAUACAGGAGAUAAUACUGGGUAUUUCCCCCAUUAUUAUUCUGUUAUGUAUUAUGCACAAAAUAAGAGGCUUAGAGACUUUGGAUAAAGUCUCUUCACAUGUGAGAUCUCGGUUAUUAUUUUUAUUCUUGAUUAUUCUGAUUUUUUUUUUUUUUUAAAUGAAUUGUUUUAAUAAAUGAAAUAUUGAUUUCUGGACUGUGUUGAAAUAUAAGGUUGUAUAAGCUCAAUAUUACAGUUUAUUUGGAAUUGAGUCUAUAUCCAUCAAGGUACCUCAGCCCUGCGGACAUGGUCACUAUUACCCUUGAUGAACAUUAAGUAUAAAAUUAACUGUUUUAAUGCAGUAAAUAUUUGUGUCCCUGCCUCAUUUUGUGUAAAUGUUAGUGUGUAUACAUUCAAGUGGCACACUGAGACUUUAUAUAUCACACAUAAGACAAUUGUCAAAUUAUUAUCAUACUGUAAUAAAAAGGAAUUGUAGAAUACAAAAUGUAUAUGCCCCUCUAAUUCCUGCAUUAACUAAUUUAAUUUUGACAGUCAACAUAUUACUAAAAGCUUCAUUAGAUUGUGUGUUAAAUAUUUGCAAUAAUACAUAUACUUUGGCAUAUACUUUAAAUCCUUAUUAUGAGUUUGUGUGUAUCCACGCAUCCAGUACAUUUCUGAAAUCAUCCAAUAACAUAGGGCUACCAAAUGGAUCAACAGAAAAAGUUUGGGAACUCAAAUGCACCGAUCAGCCAUAACAUUAAAACCACUGACAGGUUAAGUGAAUAAGACUAUAAGACUAUCUUGCUACAAUGGUAUCUGUCAAGGGGUGGGAUAUUUUAGCAACAAGUGAACAGUUAGUUCUCAAACUUGAUGUGUUGGAAAAAUGGGCAAGCGUAAGGAUCCACGCGACUUUUACAAGGGCCAAAUUGUAAUGGCUAGAUGACUGGGUCAGAGCAUCUCCAAAAUGGCAGGUCUUGUGGGGUGUUCCUGGUAUGCAGUGGUUAAUACCUACCAAAAGUGGUCCAAGGAAGGACAACCGAUGAAAUGGCAAUAGGGUCAUGGGUGCCUAAGGCUCAUUGAUGUGCUUGGGGAGCAAAGGCUAGCCUGUCUGGUCUGAUCCCUUAGAAGAGCUACUGUAGCACAAAUUAGGCUGUAGCACGACCGCGUGUGUGUGCAUCGCUUACCUGGGGAAGAGAUGGCACCAAGAUGCACUAUGGGAUGAAGACAAGCCAGCGGAGGAAGUGUGAUGCUCUGGGCAAUGUUCUGCUGGGAAGUCUUGGGUCCUUGCAUUCAUGUGGAUGUUACUCUAACACAUACAACCUACCUAAACAUUCUUGCAGACCAAGUACACCCCUUCAUGGCAACGAUAUUCCCUAAUUCCCUGCCACACUUCAAAAAUUGUUCAGGAAUGGUUUGAGGAAUAUGACAAAGAGUUGAACUUGUUGACUUGGCCUCCAAAUUCCCCAGAU